AUGGAGUGGCAGCACAUCCCCACUCCUUUCUUACUCGCUCUCCUCCUCAUCUACAGUUUGCCUCUCGUUUUUUCCGAAUCUCGGAAUAAGAAAGGAUCGUCGGAUCAUAGAGAUAACUUCUUACGAGAUGAUUACGAUGACGAUUAUGAUUACGACGAAGAAUUUCCAGGAUCCUGGAAUCUUCCGUCUACUGACACAAAAUCCUCUUGUUACGAUGAAAAUAAUCAGCCUCAGCGGUGUGCUCCGGAAUUUUCUAACGCGGCAGCGUACCGCAAUGUGCACGCUACCAAUACCUGUGGAUCUUUUGGGGCUCGAGAAUUUUGCAGACAGAUGGGCACCCCUUGGGCCCGAGCUCCGUGCGAAAUAUGCGACGUGACAGUGCCCCACAGAGCCCACCUGCCUCAUCACAUGACGGAUUUCAACACGUACCGUAACUUGACGUGGUGGAUGAGUGACACCAUGGAAGAUGGCAUCGACAAACCCGGACAAGUGAAUCUCACUUUGGAUUUCAGAAAAUCUUUCGACAUUUCUUACGUGCGUUUACGCUUCUACAGUAGCCGACCAGAAAGCUUCGCCAUAUACAAACGCACAACGCUCGACUCCGAGUGGACCCCUUAUCAGUUCUACAGUGCCACCUGUAAUGAAACAUACGGCAUACCAGAUGGAUCUUUGGUUACUAGAGAAAAUGAGACCCUACCCCUUUGCACAUCCGAAUUCAGCGAUUUGUCACCACUGACUGGCGGCACGGUAGUCUUCAGUACUUUGGAAGGGCGACCUGGCGCUUACGACUUCGAAAAUAAUCCAAAACUGCAGGAAUGGGUUAUCGCCACUGCCAUUCGGAUCACGCUGGACAAGAUGAAUACCUUCGGCGAUGAAAUCUUUGAAGAUCCCUUGGUUCUCAAGUCCUACUUCUUUGCCAUCAGCGACUUGUCGGUAGGAGCGAGAUGUCGCUGUUACGGACAUGCAAGCGAUUGCAUCUAUGCCCCUGAUGAAGCCACCGGCAUCCUGCGCCUGGUGUGCCGGUGUGAGCACCACACCAUGGGCGACGACUGCGAGAUGUGUCUGCCUCUCUUCAACCAACGGCCUUGGGCACCCGCCACUACCACGGAUGCCAACGAAUGCUUGCCUUGCAACUGCAAUGGAAAGUCAAACAAAUGUUAUUUUGAUCAAGAGCUUUUUGACAGAACUGGAAGUGGAGGCCAUUGUCUUGAAUGUGAAGAUAAUACUGAAGGAGUUAAUUGUGAACGUUGUAAAGUCCUUCAUUAUAGAAGAAAAGAAGAUAAGGAAUGUGUGCCUUGUAACUGUGAUAGCAUGGGUUCUCUUGCUGCUCAGUGUUCAGAAGAUGGUCAGUGUCCUUGCAAACCUGGCGUGGGAACUAGAACUUGUAGUAAAUGUGCCCCAAAUUUUUAUGAUAUGACAGUACAAGGAUGCAGACCAUGUGGAUGCAAUUUAGCUGGCAUUGCACAGGAUGCUCCUAGUUGCGAUCCUUCUCUAGGUUACUGUCCAUGCAAAGAUCAUGUGAUUGGACAAAGAUGUGAUGAUUGCAAGAAGGGCUAUUUCGAUCUUCAGUUAGAUAAUGAAUUCGGCUGUGUUGCGUGCUUCUGUUAUGGUCACUCCACAGAAUGUCGUAGCGCUCCAGGAUUUUUCAAAAAGAUCAUCGAAUCAAAAUUUGAUCAAAGUCCAGAAGGCUGGAAAGCUGUUGACCUAAGAGGCCAUGGAAUCCCAGUCUUUUAUGAUGCUGAUCUUCAAAUUAUUGAAGUUCGUGGACGUGGGGGAGAGUUUGCUUAUUUUGUUGCACCUGAUUGCUACUUGGGUAAUCAACGGGCAUCUUAUAAUCAUUACCUGACUUUCACAUUCAGAAUUGGCGCUGAAAGUGUUCGAGUUAGUGCUCAUGAUGUAAUACUGGAGGGUGCUGGUCUUCGAGUUAGUGUCCCAAUUACAGAACAAGGGAAUCCCAUUCCUUCUCAUAGGAUACAAAAUUACAAAUUUAGACUACAUGAAAAUCCUGUGUUUGGGUGGACGCCUCAGCUGAAUACAUUUGACUUCAUCAAACUUUUGUCUAACUUAACAGCUCUGAAAAUUAAAGCUACGUAUUCCAGAGAAGGAGUUGGAUAUUUGGAUGAUGUGAUACUUGAAUCAGCUUCCAAUGUACCAGGAAAUUUCCCUGCAACCUGGAUUGAGCAGUGCUCAUGUCCUGAAGGCUAUGCUGGUUUGUCUUGUGAACUUUGUGCUCCUGGAUAUAGAAGGGAGCCUUUAGGCAACAGUCCUUAUUCACGCUGUGUUAAAUGCUUUUGUCACAAUCAUGCUGAUACUUGCGAUCCAGAUACGGGCCGAUGUAUCUGCAAGCAUAAUACUGAAGGCCCUCACUGUGAAAGAUGUGCUCCAUCUUAUUAUGGAGAUGCAAGGGAGGGAACUUCUGCAGACUGCAAGCCUUGCUUGUGUCCCGACAGAGGACCCUGCGUUAUGCUUCCUGGAGGUCAAGUUGCUUGUCAACAAUGUCCUCUGGGUCACACAGGUCACCAAUGUGACAUGUGUGUCGAUGGUUAUUUUGGUGAUCCUACUGGAAGAUUUGGUCCCGCUCGGCCGUGUAGAAAAUGCGACUGUAAUGGAAACAUUGAUCCAAAUGCAGUCGGCAACUGUAACACCACGACAGGUCAGUGCCUGAAAUGCAUUUAUAAUACUGCUGGAUGGAAGUGUGACAGGUGUUUACCCGGAUACUACGGUGAUGCUCUGGCAUUACCGAAAGGGGGAUGCAAACGAUGCACUUGCUAUUUACCUGGAACAAUUGAGCCGGAACGAGGAGCCAAUCCAUGUGAAUCAACUGGUGGUCAAUGUCGGUGUAAAGCUAAUGUGAUGGGUCGUCGGUGUGAUCAGUGUAGAAAAGGUUACUGGAAUAUUGAUAGUGGUCAAGGAUGUUCUGCUUGUGAUUGUAAUAGGGUUGGUUCUGUCAAUCAAACAUGUGAUAUUCGAUCUGGUCAGUGCCAUUGUAGAUCAGGGGUUGUUGGGCGACAUUGUGAUUCGUGUGCUCCUUAUCAUUAUGGAUUUUCCGAAGAAGGCUGUAAAGCUUGCGAAUGUGAUCCUGCUGGUUCAACAUCCUUACAGUGUGACACUGCUGGUCAGUGUCAGUGCAGACCCAACAGAGAAGGACGCAAGUGUCAUAUUUGCAGGGACAAUAAGUUCAGCAGAGGCACUGUGUGUAAAGACUGUCCUCCGUGCUAUUCUCUUCUUGAAGAGGCCAUUGACCGGUAUAAGGACAAACUGACGGAAUUGGCGCAAUUAAUGGAAGAACUGAAAAAUCAUCCUGAAAGUGUAGAGGAUUUUAAUUUUCAGCGGAAGCUCAGAGAGACGGAUCGGAAAAUAACUCAUUUGUUAGAUGAAGCCAAGAGAGCUGCAAUUGCAGAUGGGAGUUUAAUCAGUCAAUUGAAUGAACUCCGCAAGAGAAUCAAAGAAAUCGGAAAAACUGCCGGAAAAGUCCGUGAGCGACUGGACGAAGGCGAAGAGUAUCGCAGGUAUGGCCUUGACAAUAUCACGAUGGCGGAGAAUGUGAUACAACAGGCAAAAGAUGCCGCUGCAGCGGCGCGAAAGUAUCUGGACACACAAGGAAGAGAUGCUUAUUUGUCGGCUCUGGACAGAAAGGACAGACUUGGGCAGCAGUCGAACAGGCUGUCGCAGAUUGCUCGGGAAGCCCGUCAGUUGGCUGAUCAGCAAGAAGAAGAUGCAGAAGUGAGCGAUGCUGUCUCAAAUCAGGCGUUAAAUACAUCAACUGAAGCUUAUCGUUUAGCGAGAGAAACUCUGGAGUCACAAGAGAGAAUGAGUCAUGAAGUAGCUGAUCUCGGACGACGGUUGGACGAUUUAAUCGAUUUCGUGAAGCGAACAAAAGAGUUAGCUGAAGAUGCCAAAACAGAAGCGAACACUGUAUAUGAUGAAGCUUUAGGCAUCUAUACAGACGCCAAUUCCUUAGUUGUGCCAACUGCUGAUGUAGAAGCUAUGGAAAAUGAAGCAUCCAGAAUCAAAUCUGAAGCCAGAAGGAUCAGAGGUCAAGCGGAUUCUUUAGCCAAUGAACACAAAGAUACUCUGUCCAAAUUAGAUGAUCAAACGAAAGAUGCUGAUGGUUUAUUGAAUGAGGCAGUUAGACAACAACAGAUUACCGAUGAACUUCUUACCGAUACAGAUGCUGCUCUUGCCAAGGCCCUCGAUGCCAUAGCUUCUGGUGAAAAGAUUUUAGAAGAUGCCAAAGAUACGCUGGAUACAUUGAGAGGUUUCGAUCAGCAGGUGAGAGCGAGCCAAGAAAGAGCCAAUGAAACUUUGAAGAAGAUACCGCACGUCAAAAGAAAAGUGGGCGAGGCAGAAAACAAAACUUUUGAUGCGGAAGAUGCUCUGAGGGGAGCCAUUCAGGACGCCGCUGAUGCUCGAGACAUUGCGAGGGAGGCUCAAAGGUUGGCCGAGCAAGCGUCUCAAGAUGCUGACGGUAUUCGAAGGGAGGCUGGAGAUACUAAAUACGAAGCUGAACGACUGAAAGGUCAAGCUGGUCAACAUGCUGGUCAGGUUGCAGGUACUGACCAAAGAAUGAGAGGGUUUGAAGACGAAGCAGACAAUGAUGGAAUUUUAUCUAAGGAGGCUUUAGGUCGGGCAAAUGAAGCCAAAACUGCUGCAAUAGAAGCUGUUGACAAAGGAAGAAAUGCUGCUGCGAAACUAGAUAAUAUAUUGGACGCUUUAGGUGAUUUGGAUAGCGUGGAUAAUUCCCAGCUAGACGAUUUGGAACGGCUGCUUGCGUUGGCGGAGAGAGAGCUCAUCAAUGCUGACCUGGGGACGAGAGCGGAGGUCUUGCGAGAAGUCCAGGAAGAGCAAAAACGGUGGAUGAAAGAUUACGAGGACGAAAUCGAACAGUUGCGGAAAGAUGUUGCCAAUGUUGCAGCUAUUCGACAUUCCUUACCGGAUGGCUGUUACCGUCGUUUAGUCCUCGAACCUUAGGCCAUAUAUUAGGAACAAUUUUGUGUGCAUGAAAAGUGGGUGUAAUAAUACAGUAUAUCUUGAAUCUCAGAAUGCAUUACAUCUGAAUGUGUUUAAAUAAAUUUAACUUGACUAACUUAAAAUAUAACAUUCUAAACGAAUCGAUAAAUAAUAUAUCAUUAUUUUUCUUCUCUUUAAUAGAUCAUGUUUGAAUGAAACCUGAAGGAAUGAAGUGUAUUACGUAAAAUUAAACUGAUACAUUAAAAUUUUAUAAAUUUUCUUGGUUUAUUCGCCCUUUCUUUGUUAUUAAAUUAAAAAAAAUGAUAUAGAAACAUUUUAGAUUCAUUCUAAAUUCAGUUUUCUUUUGUAUUGCUAAUUCAUUCUGGUCAUUGGAAAUUCAGUCUAUUCAAGGUGCUUUCUUGUUAAACUUUAUGGUCUUUCUAAGAUCAAUCUUAUAUUUGCCUGAUUAAUUCUUACUUACCAUAAAGUUUUUAUGAGGAAAAGGUUGAUGAUCAAAAAUAAAAAAAAUUAUUUUCUUUCCUUAAUAAUAUAUAUUGUUUAGUCUUUUAAGUAUAUGUUUUAUGUGUCUUGUUGUUUAAU